AUGGCCAACCAAACCCCGGACCUUCCGUGGAACCUUUUAACCUCAAACCUACACUGGACUUCCCCUGACUACUGCAAUUGCGGGUUGAAGAACUUGCUCCCCAUGCACAACGAAAACCAGAGCAACGACUUCAACGAGUUUGUAAAGAUGCUUGCGGGAACUCUGGAGACUCACGCAGAGAAGUCCGGCUUCUUCAACUGCGAAAUCAUGAAGACGUUGCUCAUCUACGGUGAAGAUGGACCCAAUCUCCGUAGCGAUGAUAUGGGAUGGAACAACCUCUUCUUUUUUGCCCUCAGGACCUACCUUUGUCUAAAUGUGAUAUACCACUCCCCGGAGAUAUGGGAUAUAACCUCAGAUGACCCAGACCGAAAGGACUACCGCGAUACUGCCUUUUACCAAGGCACCCUUCGAGCAUGCACGGGACAUGCCACAUCUGAGGUCCAAACAUUUCACUUCCGUCGAUUCUUCGGGAUUGAGGAUCGCCAAUUUUGCACUUACGAGUUCAAACCCUAA